AAGUACCGUCGAGGCUGGAUGCGCUGAAGGGGCUGAAGAGGCUCGAGAUCACGGGUUGUCGGCAGCUCAGUGGACCCCCUGCCGGUCUGCCCCCCACUCUUGAGACCCUCUACUUGGGGCCAUUCAAGCAUGGCCCUUCUCAUUCUGUGGACAUCUCGGUGCUGUGGCAGCUGAGGGCGCCGUCUGCCUCUCCCGUCUGCCUCUCCCGUCUGCCUCUCCCGUCUGCCUCUCCCGUCUGCCUCUCCCGUGUCUGCCUCUCCCGUCUGCCUCUCCCGUGUCUGCCUCUCCCGUCUGCCUCUCCCGUCUGCCUCUCCCGUCUGCCUCUCCCGUCUGCCUCUCCCGUCUGCCUCUCCCGUCUGCCUCUCCCGUCUGCCUCUCCCGUCUGCCUCUCCCGUCUGCCUCUCCCGUCUGCCUCUCCCGUCUGCCUCUCCCGUCUGCCUCUCCCGUCUGCCUCUCCCGUCUGCCUCUCCCGUCUGCCUCUCCCGUCUGCCUCUCCCGUGUCUGCCUCUCCCGUCUGCCUCUCCCGUGUCUGCCUCUCCCGUCUGCCUCUCCGUCUGCCUCUCCCGUCUGCCUCUCCCGUCUGCCUCUCCCGUCUGCCUCUCCCGUCUGCCUCUCCCGUCUGCCUCUCCCGUCUGCCUCUCCCGUCUGCCUCUCCCGUCUGCCUCUCCCGUCUGCCUCUCCCGUCUGCCUCUCCCGUCUGCCUCUCCCGUCUGCCUCUCCCGUCUGCCUCUCCCGUCUGCCUCGUCUCCUCUCCCGUCUGCCUCUCCCGUCUGCCUCUCCCGUCUGCCUCUCCCGUCUGCCUCUCCCGUCUGCCUCUCCCGUCUGCCUCUCCCGUCUGCCUCUCCCGUCUGCCUCUCCCGUCUGCCUCUCCCGUCUGCCUCUCCCGUCUGCCUCUCCCGUCUGCCUCUCCCGUCUGCCUCUCCCGUCUGCCUCUCCCGUCUGCCUCUCCCGUCUGCCUCUCCCGUCUGCCUCUCCCGUCUGCCUCUCCCGUCUGCCUCUCCCGUCUGCCUCUCCCGUCUGCCUCUCCCGUCUGCCUCUCCCGUCUGCCUCUCCCGUCUGCCUCUCCCGUCUGCCUCUCCCGUCUGCCUCUCCCGUCUGCCUCUCCCGUCUGCCUCUCCCGUCUGCCUCUCCCGUCUGCCUCUCCCGUCUGCUGCCUCUCCCGUCUGCCUCUCCCGUCGCCUCUACCCGUCUGCCUCUCCCGUCUGACUCUCCCGUCUGCCUCUCCCAGUCUGCCUCUCCCGUCUGCCUCUCCCGUCUGCCUCUCCCGUCUGCCUCUCCCGUCUGCCUCUCCCGUCUGCCUCUCCCGUCUGCCUCUCUCCGUCUGCCUCUCCCGUCUGCCUCUCCCGUCUGCCUCUCCCGUCUGCCUCUCCCGUCUGCCCUCCCGUCCUGCCUCUCCCGUCUGCCUCUCCCGUGUCUGCCUCUCCCGUCUGCCUCUCCCGUCUGCUCUCCCGUCUGCCUCUUAUCCCGUCUGCCUCUCCCGUCUGCCUCUCCCGUCUGCCUUGCCUCUCCCGUCUGCCUCUCCCGUCUGCCUCUCCCGUCUGCCUCUCCCGUCUGCCUCUCCCGUCUGCCUCUCCCGUCUGCCUCUCCCGUCUGCCUCUCCCGUCUGCCUCUCCCGUCUGCCUCUCCCGUCUGCCUCUCCCGUCUGCCUCUCCCGUCUGCCUCUCCCGUCUGCCUCUCCCGUCUGCCUCUCCCGUCUGCCUCUCCCGUCUGCCUCUCCCGUCUGCCUCUCCCGUCUGCCUCUCCCGUCUGCCUCUCCCGUCUGCCUCUCCCGUCUGCCUCUCCCGUCUGCCUCUCCCGUCUGCCUCUCCCGUCUGCCUCUCCCGUCUGCCUCUCCCGUCUGCCUCUCCCGUCUGCCUCUCCCGUCUGCCUCUCCCGUCUGCCUCUCCCGUCUGCCUCUCCCGUCUGCCUCUCCCGUCUGCCUCUCCCGUCUGCCUCUCCCGUCUGCCUCUCCCGUCUGCCUCUCCCGUCUGCCUCUCCCGUCUGCCUCUCCCGUCUGCCUCUCCCGUCUGCCUCUCCGUCUGCCUCUCCCGUCUGCCUCUCCCGUCUGCCUCUCCCGUCUGCCUCUCCCGUCUGCCUCUCCCGUCUGCCUCUCCCGUCUGCCUCUCCCGUCUGCCUCUCCCGUCUGCCUCUCCCGUCUGCCUCUCCCGUCUGCCUCUCCCGUCUGCCUCUCCCGUCUGCCUCUCCCGUCUGCCUCUCCCGUCUGCCUCUCCCGUCUGCCUCUCCGUCUGCCUCUCCCGUCUGCCUCUCCCGUCUGCCUCUCCCGUCUGCCUCUCCCGUCUGCCUCUCCCGUCUGCCUCUCCCGUCUGCCUCUCCCGUCUGCCUCUCCCGUCUGCCUCUCCCGUCUGCCUCUCCCGUCUGCCUCUCCCGUCUGCCUCUCCCGUCUGCCUCUCCCGUCUGCCUCUCCCGUCUGCCUCUCCCGUCUGCCUCUCCCGUCUGCCUCUCCCGUCUGCCUCUCCCGUCUGCCUCUCCCGUCUGCCUCUCCCGUCUGCCUCUCCCGUCUGCCUCUCCCGUCUGCCUCUCCCGUCUGCCUCUCCCGUCUGCCUCUCCCGUCUGCCUCUCCCGUCUGCCUCUCCCGUCUGCCUCUCCCGUCUGCCUCUCCCGUCUGCCUCUCCCGUCUGCCUCUCCCGUCUGCCUCUCCCGUCUGCCUCUCCCGUCUGCCUCUCCCGUCUGCCUCUCCCGUCUGCCUCUCCCGUCUGCCUCUCCCGUCUGCCUCUCCCGUGUCUGCCUCUCCGUCUGCCUCUCCCGUGUCUGCCUCUCCGUCGCCUCUCCCGUCUGCCUCUCCCGUCUGCCUCUCCCGUCUGCCUCUCCGUCUGCCUCUCCCGUCUGCCUCUCCCGUCUGCCUCUCCCGUCUGCCUCUCCGUCUGCCUCUCCCGUCUGCCUCUCCUGUCUGCCUCUCCCGUCUGCCUCUCCCGUCUGCCUCUCCCGUCUGCCUCUCCCGUCUGCCUCUCCCGUCUGCCUCUCCCGUCUGCCUCUCCCGUCUGCCUCUCCCGUCUGCCUCUCCCGUCUGCCUCUCCCUGUCUGCCUCUCCCGUCUGCCUCUCCCGUGUCUGCCUCUCCCGUGUCUGCCUCUCCCGUCUGCCUCUCCCGUCUGCCUCUCCCGUCUGCCUCUCCCGUCUGCCUCUCCCGUCUGCCUCUCCCGUCUGCCUCUCCCGUCUGCCUCUCCCGUCUGCCUCUCCCGUCUGCCUCUCCCGUCUGCCUCUCCCGUCUGCCUCUCCCGUCUGCCUCUCCCGUCUGCCUCUCCCGUCUGCCUCUCCCGUCUGCCUCUCCCGUCUGCCUCUCCCGUCUGCCUCUCCCGUUCUGCCUCUCCCGUCUGCCUCUCCCGUCUGCCUCUCCCGUGUCUGCCUCUCCCGUCUGCCUCUCCCGUCUGCCUCUCCCGUCUGCCUCUCCCGUCUGCCUCUCCCGUCUGCCUCUCCCGUCUGCCUCUCCCGUCUGCCUCUCCCGUCUGCCUCUCCCGUCUGCCUCUCCCGUCUGCCUCUCCCGUCUGCCUCUCCCGUCUGCCUCUCCCGUCUGCCUCUCCCGUCUGCCUCUCCCGUCUGCCUCUCCCGGUCUGCCUCUCCCGUCUGCCUCUCCCGUCUGCCUCUCCCGUCUGCCUCUCCCGUCUGCCUCUCCCGUCUGCCUCUCCCGUCUGCCUCUCCCGUCUGCCUCUCCCGUCUGCCUCUCCGUCUGCCUCUCCCGUCUGCCUCUCCCGUCUGCCUCUCCCGUCUGCCUCUCCCGUCUGCCUCUCCCGUCUGCCUCUCCCGUCUGCCUCUCCCGUCUGCCUCUCCCGUCUGCCUCUCCCGUCUGCCUCUCCCGUCUGCCUCUCCCGUCUGCCUCUCCCGUCUGCCUCUCCCGUCUGCCUCUCCCGUCUGCCUCUCCCGUCUGCCUCUCCCGUGUCUGCCUCUCCCGUCUGCCUCUCCCCGUCUGCCUCUCCGUCUGCCUCUCCCGUCUGCCUCUCCCGUCUGCCUCUCCCGUCUGCCUCUCCCGUCUGCCUCUCCCGUCUGCCUCUCCCGUCUGCCUCUCCCGUCUGCCUCUCCCGUCUGCCUCUCCCGUCUGCCUCUCCCGUCUGCCUCUCCCGUCUGCCUCUCCCGUCUGCCUCUCCCGUCUGCCUCUCCCGUCUGCCUCUCCCGUCUGCCUCUCCCGUCUGCCUCUCCCGUCUGCCUCUCCCGUCUGCCUCUCCCGUCUGCCUCUCCCGUCUGCCUCUCCCGUCUGCCUCUCUCGUCUGCCUCUCCCGUCUGCCUCUCCCGUGUCUGCCUCUCCCGUCUGCCUCUCCCGUGUCUGCCUCUCCCGUCUGCCUCUCCCGUCUGCCUCUCCCGUCUGCCUCUCCCGUCUGCCUCUCCCGUCUGCCUCUCCCGUCUGCCUCUCCCGUCUGCCUCUCCCGUCUGCCUCUCCCGUCUGCCUCUCCCGUCUGCCUCUCCCGUCUGCCUCUCCCGUCUGCCUCUCCCGUCUGCCUCUCCCGUCUGCCUCUCCCGUGCCUGCCUCUCCCGUGCCUGCCUCUCCCGUCUGCCUCUCCCGUCUGCCUCUCCCGUCUGCCUCUCCCGUGCCUGCCUCUCCCGUCUGCCUCUCCCGUCUGCCUCUCCCGUCUGCCUCUCCCGUCUGCCUCUCCCGUCUGCCUCUCCCGUCUGCCUCUCCCGUCUGCCUCUCCCGUCUGCCUCUCCCGUCUGCCUCUCCCGUCUGCCUCUCCCGUCUGCCUCUCCCGUGCCUGCCUCUCCCGUGCCUGCCUCUCCCGUCUGCCUCUCCCGUGCCUGCCUCUCCCGUGCCUGCCUCUCCCGUGCCUGCCUCUCCCGUGCCUGCCUCUCCCGUGCCUGCCUCUCCCGUGCCUGCCACUCCCGUGCCUGCCUCUCCCGUGCCUGCCUCUCCCGUGCCUGCCUCUCCCGUGCGUGCCUCUCCCGUGCCUGCCUCUCCCGUGCCUGCCUCUCCCGUGCCUGCCUCUCCCGUGCCUGCCUCUCCCGUGCCUGCCUCUCCCGUGCCUGCCUCUCCCGUGCCUGCCUCUCCCGUGCCUGCCUCUCCCGUGCCUGCCUCUCCCGUGCCUGCCUCUCCCGUGCCUGCCUCUCCCGUGCCUGCCUCUCCCGUGCCUGCCUCUCCCGUGCCUGCCUCUCCCGUGCCUGCCUCUCCCGUGCCUGCCUCUCCCGUGCCUGCCUCUCCCGUGCCUGCCUCUCCCGUGCCUGCCUCUCCCGUGCCUGCCUCUCCCGUGCCUGCCUCUCCCGUGCCUGCCUCUCCCGUGCCUGCCUCUCCCGUGCCUGCCUCUCCCGUGCCUGCCUCUCCCGUGCCUGCCUCUCCCGUGCCUGCCUCUCCCGUGCCUGCCUCUCCCGUGCCUGCCUCUCCCGUGCCUGCCUCUCCCGUGCCUGCCUCUCCCGUGCCUGCCUCUCCCGUGCCUGCCUCUCCCGUGCCUGCCUCUCCCGUGCCUGCCUCUCCCGUGCCUGCCUCUCCCGUGCCUGCCUCUCCCGUGCCUGCCUCUCCCGUGCCUGCCUCUCCCGUGCCUGCCUCUCCCGUGCCUGCCUCUCCCGUGCCUGCCUCUCCCGUGCCUGCCUCUCCCGUGCCUGCCUCUCCCGUGCCUGCCUCUCCCGUGCCUGCCUCUCCCGUGCCUGCCUCUCCCGUGCCUGCCUCUCCCGUGCCUGCCUCUCCCGUGCCUGCCUCUCCCGUGCCUGCCUCUCCCGUGCCUGCCUCUCCCGUGCCUGCCUCUCCCGUGCCUGCCUCUCCCGUGCCUGCCUCUCCCGUGCCUGCCUCUCCCGUGCCUGCCUCUCCCGUGCCGUGCCUCUCCCGUGCCUGCCUCUCCCGUGCCUGCCUCUCCCGUGCCUGCCUCUCCCGUGCCUGCCUCUCCCGUGCCUGCCUCUCCCGUGCCUGCCUCUCCCGUGCCUGCCUCUCCCGUGCCUGCCUCUCCCGUGCCUGCCUCUCCCGUGCCUGCCUCUCCCGUGCCUGCCUCUCCCGUGCCUGCCUCUCCCGUGCCUGCCUCUCCCGUGCCUGCCUCUCCCGUGCCUGCCUCUCCCGUGCCUGCCUCUCCCGUGCCUGCCUCUCCCGUGCCUGCCUCUCCCGUGCCUGCCUCUCCCGUGCCUGCCUCUCCCGUGCCUGCCUCUCCCGUGCCUGCCUCUCCCGUGCCUGCCUCUCCCGUGCCUGCCUCUCCCGUGCCUGCCUCUCCCGUGCCUGCCUCUCCCGUGCCUGCCUCUCCCGUGCCUGGCCUCUCCCCGUGCCUGCCUCUCCCGUGCCUGCCUCUCCCGUGCCUGCCUCUCCCGUGCCUGCCUCUCCCGUGCCUGCCUCUCCCGUGCCUGCCUCUCCCGUGCCUGCCUCUCCCGUGCCUGCCUCUCCCGUGCCUGCCUCUCCCGUGCCUGCCUCUCCCGUGCCUGCCUCUCCCGUGCCUGCCUCUCCCGUGCCUGCCUCUCCCGUGCCUGCCUCUCCCGUGCCUGCCUCUCCCGUGCCUGCCUCUCCCGUGCCUGCCUCUCCCGUGCCUGCCUCUCCCGUGCCUGCCUCUCCCGUGCCUGCCUCUCCCGUGCCUGCCUCUCCCGUGCCUGCCUCUCCCGUGCCUGCCUCUCCCGUGCCUGCCUCUCCCGUGCCUGCCUCUCCCGUGCCUGCUCUCCCGUGCCUGCCUCUCCCGUGCCUGCCUCUCCCGUGCCUGCCUCUCCCGUGCCUGCCUCUCCCGUGCCUGCCUCUCCCGUGCCUGCCCUCUCCCGUUGCCUGCCUCUCCCGUGCCUGCCUCUCCCGUGCCUGCCUCUCCCAGUGCCUGCCUCUCCCGUGCCUGCCUCUCCCGUGCCUGCCUCUCCCGUGCCUGCCUCUCCCGUGCCUGCCUCUCCCGUGCCUGCCUCUCCCGUGCCUCGCCUCUCUCCCGUGCCUGCCCUCUCCCGUGCCUGCCUCUCCCGUGCCUGCCUCUCCCGUGCCUGCCUCUCUCCGUGCCUGCCUCUCCCGUGCCUGCCUCUCCCGUGCCUGCCUCUCCCGUGCCUGCCUCUCCCGUGCCUGCUCUCCCGUGCCUGCCUCUCCCGUGCCUGCCUCUCCCGUGCCUGCCUCUCCCGUGCCUGCCUCUCCCGUGCCUCCUGCCUUCCCCUCCCGUGCCUGCCUCUCCCGUGCCUGCCCUCUCCCGUGCCUGCCUCUCCCGUGCCUGCCUCUCCCGUGCCUGCCUCUCCCGUGCCUGCCUCUCCCGUGCCUGCCUCUCCCGUGCCUGCCUCUCCCGUGCCUGCCUCUCCCGUGCCUGCCUCUCCCGUGCCUGCCUCUCCCGUGCCUGCCUCUCCCGUUGCCUGCCUCUCCCGUGCCUGCCUCUCCCGUGCCUGCCUCUCCCGUGCCUGCCUCUCCCGUGCCUGCCUCUCCCGUGCCUGCCUCUCCCGUGCCUGCCUCUCCCGUGCCUGCCUCUCCCGUGCUCCUGCCUCUCCCGUGCCUGCCUCUCCCGUGCCUGCCUCUCCCGUGCCUGCCUCUCCCGUGCCUGCCUCUCCCGUGCCUGCCUCUCCCGUGCCUGCCUCUCCCGUGCCUGCCUCUCCCGUGCCUGCCUCUCCCGUGCCUGCCUCUCCCGUGCCUGCCUCUCCCGUGCCUGCCUCUCCCGUGCCUGCCUCUCCCGUGCCUGCCUCUCCCGUGCCUGCCUCUCCCGUGCCUGCCUCUCCCGUGCCUGCCUCUCCCGUGCCUGCCUCUCCCGUGCCUGCCUCUCCCGUGCCUGCCUCUCCCGUGCCUGCCUCUCCCGUGCCUGCCUCUCCCGUGCCUGCCUCUCCCGUGCCUGCCUCUCCCGUGCCUGCCUCUCCCGUGCCUGCCUCUCCCGUGCCUGCCUCUCCCGUGCCUGCCUCUCCCGUGCCUGCCUCUCCCGUGCCUGCCUCUCCCGUGCCUGCCUCUCCCGUGCCUGCCUCUCCCGUGCCUGCCUCUCCCGUGCCUGCCUCUCCCGUGCCUGCCUCUCCCGUGCCUGCCUCUCCCGUGCCUGCCUCUCCCGUGCCUGCCUCUCCCGUGCCUGCCUCUCCCGUGCCUGCCUCUCCCGUGCCUGCCUCUCCCGUGCCUGCCUCUCCCGUGCCUGCCUCUCCCGUGCCUGCCUCUCCCGUGCCUGCCUCUCCCGUGCCUGCCUCUCCCGUGCCUGCCUCUCCCGUGCCUGCCUCUCCCGUGCCUGCCUCUCCCGUGCCUGCCUCUCCCGUGUCCUCCUCUCCCGUGCCUGCCUCUCCCGUGCCUGCCUCUCCCGUGCCUGCCUCUCCCGUGCCUGCCUCUCCCGUGCCUGCCUCCCGCCCUGCGCCCGGCAUGCAUGCCUUCCCUGUGGGGCCACACCACACCACAGCGCGCCUGGCGGGGGGGUCACUGGCGGCGGCCAUCAGGGCGCCCGACAUGUUUGCUCGAGUGUACCUCGCUCGCCUCUGUGCUGCCCUCGUGCACGCCUCCCAGAUCUACGGUGCGCGCCACACCACCACCUCUGUUCUCACCUGCUGCUUCAUGUGCAAAUUGACUGCUUCUCAUCCAAUCGUCCUCUCUGCGCGCCUCUUCCCUGCCCCACUCCCUCCCUUCACCGCCUGCAGAACGGCGCAGAGGGCGGAUGGGUGGCAGAUUCUGACCACCUCUCUCAUGGACACGCGCGGGGCGGCCAGGGACCUUGCGGGCGGCAAGGCCGGCGGCUCCAAGGAGAAGGAGGCCAUGCCCCUGCCGCCCUCCUACGACCUCGUGCUCAAGGUGGUGGCGCAUCGGGUGGACUAUGCGCUGCGCAGCACAUCACGCCCCAUGCUGCACGCGGCGCUGAGGGCGGUGGCGGAGGUGGGCAAGGCGCGCGCGGCAGCACUCUCGCUGGGGCUCUUCACGGAGGCGCCAACCCUGCCACAGGACGACGCAUCUGACUUCCAGCAGGGUUUGUGCGCCGCCCUCUCCGUGCCCUCUCUCUCGCCCCCUUUGCUCGUUGCUGCUCUACCUCCGCUCGUUACACUUGGAUUCUCGAUGGGCAAGCAGGCGGCCUCCAAGGAGAAGGUGACGGUGGACUCGCUGCUGGCAGCCCUCAUGGAGGCCGUGCGCUGCACCGUCGCCUGCGAGUGCGUCUACGUGCGCGCUCAGGCAAGUCCACUUCACUGCGCGCCCAGGCAAGUCCACAUGCGCCCAGGCAAGUCCACAUGUGUGUUUUGGCCUUUUUGUGAGGCAAGCUAUGAAAACAUUUUUGCGAUUCUGCUUUGUGCUGCUGGUAUGCACAUGUGGGUGCGGGCGGGGUGGCAGGCGCUGAAGGCGAUGAUAUGGAUGCAGAGUGAGUACGAGUCGAGCGCGGAGCUCAAGGCCACGCUGCUGGGCGAGCUGGACGACCCCGCCUGGCCCGCCGCUCUCCUCAACGACCUCCUUCUCACCCUGCACGCGCGCUUCAAGGCCACGCCAGACAUGGCAGUCACCAUUCUGGACCUCGCCAGCCUCUUCGUCACAAGGGUGCCUUCCAAAGUCGACACCACCACCCUGCAGGCGCUCUGGAAGACGUGUCUGGUGGGGUGUGGUCCGCAGGGCAAGCAUCUGGCGCUGGAGGCCGUCAGCACCGUGCUCGACCUGCCUCCCCCGCCGCCGCCCCAGCUGCCCUCCUCUCACGGCGCUGCUGCUGUCAGCGCAGCGCCCAUCUCACACCCGCGCUCCGCCAUCGCCCUCCAGCGCAUCACCCACGCCGCUGUACGCCCUCUCUUGGCAGUGCCACCUGCCACCUCAAGCCCUUUCCACACACUCCUCUCUGCUCUUCCCAUUCCUCUCUGCUCCAAGCACUCCUUCAACGCCCUCCGCAACCCCGCCCUUCCCACCACUACACAACCCCUGCCACACCUCUCCUAUCUGCCUUCUCGUCCUGCCCUUCCCCUUCCCCUUCCCCUUCCCCACUCCACCCAUCGCCUCCUGCAGAUCUGGUUUCUGGGGGAGAACGCCAACUUUGCGGCGGGCGAGUACGCGUGGGAGAGUGCGACGCCGCCCGGGGCGGCGCUGAUGCUGCUGGACGCGGAGAGCAUGGUGGCGGCGGCCGGCGUGCGCAACCCCACGCUCGCCCAGGCCAUGCAGCGCCUGCAGCGCACCGCCACCACCGGUGCCUGGGAGGACCGGGUGGUGGCGGUGUAUGCGCUGAUGACGGUGGCGCUGCGCUCAGGCGAGCCGUACCGCCUGCAGAUCUACGAGUUCUUCCACGCCCUCUUCUACGGUGGUGGCUCCUCCCGCAAGGCAACUCCAACGCCCCCCGCCCCGCCCCGCACACUCUCGCAUCGCUGCCUCCUGUCCUCUCCGUUCCCCCUCUCGUCAUGUCUUGCUCAUUCUCCCAGCCUGGCGGUGCGGGGCAUGGCGCUGGGCGUGUCGAACGGCGAGGACAGGGGCGCCAGUGGCACGGGGCUGGGGGGCAUCAUUGCACCGAUGCUGAGAGUGCUGGAUGAGAUGUACCGCUGCCAGGAUGUCAUGAUGCGUCAAAAGAAAGUAUUCCUUGAGCAAGGCAGUGGCCUUUGGUCUCUCCAUCUCGCCUCUAACCUCUCCACCUCGCUCUCCGUCCCUUGCCCGUCCCUCCACAGGGACAUUCGGCUGCACGAGUUCAGUGGGGAGGAGUGGCAGGAGGAGCAGCUGGAGCGCAUAUACGACAUGCAUGAGCGCCUCAUGGACCUCGCGCUGCUCUUCUGCUUCGUGCCGCGCCACAAGUACCUCCCCCUCGGCCCCAUGAGGCAAUUUUCUAUCACUGCAUUUAUGGCUUUUUGGCUCAUCCGUGUUCCUCACCUUCCCCCCUCGCCCUCCCUUGCCAGUGCGCGGCUGACAGCGCAGUACCGGGCGCGGCGGGGGAUGGAGGCGGGGGUGGGGCGCAGUGAGGCGGAGCUGAGGGCCACUCUCGAGGGGCUGCUGCGCCACACCGGCUCCGCCCCCAAGGACGCCGCCGUCUUCCCCCCGCUCACCCUCCUCGAACCCCUCGCUGACUUCCCCACUGCCAACACCCUCAAGGUGACGGACAUGCUGGGCGGCGGUGGUGACGAGAGCCUGUCGGUGCCGGCAACGCCGCGGCGGUACGAGGGCAUGGCGAGUGCGUUUGAUGCGGUGGCGGGCGACACAGGCAUGGCCAGCACCUUUGAUGACGUUUACGCGUCGUCGCUGCUCGAGGCUGAUGAUGAUGCUGAGGUGCCCUGCUCUCAUGCUCCUCAUGCUUCCCUGCCCUCAUUCGCGCUUUGCUCCCAUAGCAUGGUAAUGCUGUCCUUUACUUCCUGCAUCAUCCUUCCUCCCCUCAACUCUGUCUUUCUCCCUGUCCCCUACCCCCCACCCCCCUUUCGUUCCGCCAUGGUAUCAGAGCGAGGUGUCGGACGGCUCGGCAUCGCCCACGGCGUCCACCACAGCAGAGGCGUUUGGCAACAUCCGCAACUGGGUCCGCCCGCACGCACCUCUCUCCAACCAACUUCUCCCCCUGCCUUCCGUUAUUUCUGUCUUUUGUUGCCACUGCUGCCAUUUCUUGCCCUGCUGCCUCUCUCUCUCGCUGCCGCCUCUCUGCUACCCACGCGAUCUCUGCUGCCUGUCUACACAGUAUCCAUUUUUUCCCCGAUGUUCGAUGAGGAGAGCCUGUCAGGCGACAAGGGGGCAAGCGGAGCAUCAGCAGGGCAGUCGGCGGCGCAGGCAGGGCGGGGGAGGGGGGGCGAGGAGGAGGAGGACGAGGGGUACGACUACGAGGCGGAGCUGCGCAGGCGGGCAGGCGACAGCGGCGCAAAGCAGCGAGGCCGCGCGCUCUACGCCUUUAUUGCAGGCGAUGAGGACGAGCUGUCACUGAGUGUGGGGGAGGAGGUGGAGAUAGAGUACGAGGCGGACGGGUGGUACCAUGCCAGGAAGCUCAACCCCGCUGCCGAUGGCAAGCAGGCGGGUUUCGUGCCCGUGCUCUACCUUGACACGCGCUGA